CCCACCCAGUGUCCGGCGGAUGCCCACGGAUGCAUGACCCUCGCGGAUGCGUGACUUCCCCCCAUCCCUGCACGAUCCCUCGUGGAUGCAUGGCUCCCCCCAACGGGUGCACGAUGCCACCGCGGAUGCCCCACCCCUGCAUGGUUCCCCAGCUGGCGUCUACGCAGUGGUUUACUGCUUCACCACAGGACGGCUGCUGUGGGGGUGGCUGGCACUUUCUCUCUUCCUGCCCGGCUUCCUGGUGCAGGGCCUGAGCUACCUGUGGUUCCGGGCAGAUGGGCGUCCAGGGCGCUGCUCGCUGCUGCUGCUGCACCUCCUGCAGCUUGGCGUCUGGAGGCGCCACUGGGAGGCUGCUCGGACCGCACUGUGGAAGGACCGGGAGGCUCCACAUCUGGACCAGCUGUGGCUGCAGGAGGCCGACCUGUCGGCCCUCCGCCUCCUGGAGGCCCUGCUGCAGACCGGGCCCCACCUGCUGCUGCAGACAUACAUCUUCCUAGCCUCAGACUUCACAGACAUCGUGCCUGGGGUGAGUGCCCUGCUCUCCUGGUCCUCUCUGUCCUGGGCCCUGGUGUUCUAUGCUCGUGUCACGGACUUCAUGAAGCCGGGCCCCCUGGCCACGCCAUGGGCUGCGCUCUUGUGCCAGCAGCUCUGGAGGAUGGGCAUGCUGGGGUCCCGCGUGCUGAGCUUGGUGCUGUUCUGCAAGGCUCACCACGUGUGGGUUCUGGUUGUUGGAGGUGCCCACUGGCUGGGGAUGACCUUCUGGCUCGUGGCCCAGCAGAGUGACAUCGUCGAUGGCACCUGCCACUGGAGGCUGUUCAACCUGCUCGUGGGGGCUGUGUACAUCCUCUGCUACCUGAACCUCUGGGACAGCCCUUCCAGAAACAGGAUGGUCACCUUCUACCUGGUGAUGCUGCUGGAGAAUGUCAUCCUUCUGCUGCUGGCCACAGACUUUCUCCAGGGUGCAUCGUGGACCAGCCUGUGCACCAUGGCGGGAGUCCUGUCUGGCUUUCUCAUUGGCAGCGUGGCGCUGCUCGUGCAUUACAGUCUGCUCCACCCAAAAUCCGCGGCCAUCCGGCAGGGCCUCCUGCGGACAUCCUGUGGCUCUGCAGGGGGUGACACGGCAGAGAGAGGAUCUUCUCCCCAGGCCACAGCUCCGGCAGCGGGGAGAGCCGGGAGCUCCGUCUUGUGCCAAGGGGAAGGUUAUGAGCCAACACCGCUGGGGACGCCCCCCAGCCCACAGCCGGGCUCCCCAGGGGCCGGGUUGCGGAGCCACGUCGCCGGGGAGGACUCUUUCCUGAGUCACCACCACUGGCUGUUGGUAAAACUUGCCCUGAAAACAGGAAACGUGUCCAAGAUCAACGCAGCCUUUGGAGAGGACAGUCCCGGCUGCUCCUGGGGGCUCAGUCAACACCACAGUGUGCAGAGGAAGCCCCUGUCUUCCCAGCUGGUGCCCCCAUCCUCGCCCCGUGACCCCCCAACCUCAGAGAAAGGCUCUGAGUUUGAAGGUGUCCCUAAAGCAGACCCUGACCCUUUGGAAAGCUCAAGUUAUGUCUCUUUUGCCAGCGAUCUUCAGGACAAAGUGCCUCUUGAGAGGCCGUCAGCUGCACGGGGAGAGGGCAGCCCGGAGGAGGGGUCCACAGCUGUCCCUGCGGCACAGGGGCCGGGAGCCGGGGGGCAGCCAUGGGUGGAAGAAGGGCAGGAGGGCUCCACGUUGUACUUCAGUGCCACGGCGGAAGGGGCCAGGUCCCCACACAGAGAAGGCGAGCCAGCUGUUCCGCAGAGGGCCCACUCGGGGAGGAGAUUGGGGAAGGACAGCCCUGCCCCACCUGCCUGGCCUCAGCCUGUCACUAAGCCCUUUCCCGUCACCAUGGCUGACAUCAGCCCCAUCCUAGGCCCAGGCCGGGGUGGAGGCUCCUGCCCCAGCGCAGACCCCACUAGGCAAGCCCUGGGCAGCCCAGAGCAUGGGGAGAGUCGGGGGCCCACAGGGGACUUGAACCGCCAUGCCACUGCGGGCCUGCGGAUGCCACUGCCAAGGACGAGACCUGCAGAGGGGCCCUGCCUCACGUCCACCCCUGAGUCCGAGUCCCUACAGAGCGGCUGCAGCUGCAGAGAAAAGACGGAACAAGACUCUAGUUUUUUCAUCUGACUGGUCAUGUGGGAUAAGACGACGAAUCAUGCUGGUCGCUGGGUCUGGUGACAAGAGGAAUCCCACCUCCGCCCUCGGCCACAUCCCUUUCUCCUCUGGUCUCCACCUGCGCACCUGGAAAUAGGGGGGAUCGGGUGAUCUUCAGGGUCCCUGUGAACACCGCAGGCGGCAGACACGCAGAGGGGAGACUCGAGCACAGUGGGGAGGGAGAAGGCUUCUGUCAGAGUCACCUGCUCCUAUGGACUAUGAUGACUCCUAUUGUGUCUUUUUGCCGUGGCUUCUAGGAAACUCAAAAGUAAAACCCAGACUCCAUUUUAUCCUGGGUUCUUGUUACAAUUUGCUUUUCCCAACAGUAAGUGGAUAUUAAUCUCUUUUUUUAAAGAAAGGCAUUCUAACUGUGUGAUUUUAUGAAAUCUCAUCAUAAGAUAAUGUGACUUCUUUCUGGAAGUGUCUGAGAACCGUAUGCUGGUAAUCCUCAACAGAACUGAAAAUGCAGGGGCCAUUCUGAGGGCCCUGUCUCUCCUCAGCAGAGCCUACAGGACACUCUCCUGUCCCGUGCACAGCUCUCCUUGCAGCCACUAGCCAGCACUCUUCGCCAGCCCCCAAUGCCUCCAUGCACCCCGCUUUCUUCAUGUGCAAACUUCAUGCCCUCCUCCCUGCCAUGUAAGAUACUGCCCGUGGUUUGAGCUCAUCCAGCGAAGGGAAGCAAACGUCCCAUUGCCCUUGCACUCUCCCUUUCUGACUCUUCCUCUUCGAAGUGCACUUUGUGGAUAGGUACUUCUUUCCGCCUUCCUUCGUAGCUGGUUAAGGAAGUCCAAUCACAGACCGCCAAAAAGAAAGGCACUCAGAGGGCUGGGUACCGUUUGAGGGUGGGUAGUUUUCAUCCUCUCCAAACACCUUGGGGUUCAGGGACAACAUUAGAGCCCUAAAGAGGAAGCGCGGGGUAACUUAGCACAGCCUCGCACUUGAAGGGCGUGUGCAAACAUCUCAGACUGUCAGCCUCCUCGCUGCCGGCCCCGCGGGCCAAUCAGAGACAGCACACAGGUAGCCGAGAACUUCUGGUACAGCAGCGAAAUAGAAACUCGCGAGUUUGUUAACAGAACAAACCUGUUCACAGUUACAUUCACUGUACUAUCAGAACAUCUCAGUUUCCCCUCCUCUCAGUGUCUCAGCCCCAGGUAAGGACUCGGGCCUCUUCCCCGAAUCCUAACCGACCUCUCCUCUCCACCUGUCCCUCAAGACCCUACUGGAGCAUCACCUCCUGGGCACCUUUCUGAGGCUCCCCCCUCGCCCGCUGCCCCAGCUAUAUCCUCUGUCCUUGGCCCUCUGGUGACCUCUUCCUAAACCAGAAGCCCCACUCCCCUGAAGGCUAAUUCAGGGGUUCCCCCUUAACUCUGAGCCCUGUGACUCCAAGGCCCAGCAGAGUGACUGGCACAAAGUCAGCGCCAGGACGUUACAGGAUGCAUUAACUAAUCUGUGACUGUUGGUCACGAGUGCGGUCGGGGGGCAUCUCCUGGUAAGGAAGUAUUUUGCCACUGGGGGGGAUGGGAACGGAGGGGAUGUCAGGAAUUUGCUCAUUCUUGUCAAACUUUCUAGCCUUUGAACAGGCUAGAAAGCUAGAUGUCUUCUCCAUUCACUGAUUCAUUCAGCAAGGCAUACCGAGCACAGCAGGCACUGAGUAUACAAAAAAUCAAGGUGCGCGCUUGCCGUCCAGGGCUCAGACCAUCGUGGGCCUCUCCAAUGGCCUGUUCAUUUCACACGUCCAGAAAAUGUGUCACCAGGUGGUGAAAAGAAUCAGAAAAUAUAUCUUUGUUUAUAAAUAAAAUAUAGACAUAUAUACAAAUAUAAAAUAUAUGCAAAAUAUAUUUAUAUUUGUUAAAGACUAAGAAAUGGACACAAUUCAAGAAUGCUGGUCCCUCAGAUCACAAAGCCACACCGGAGAAAAUGUGGCACGUGCCCCGUGGCGUCUGUGGGGGAAGCGAGGGGUGGGCUUGUCAUGGAGUCCCCUCUGAGAUGGCUACAGGCCCCUGUGGCAGGUCGGCCCAAUGUGCUGUCACCUCCUCGGGCGGCGGGGGCCUGAGGGGACACUGUCAGGCCCUCAGGCAGCACUGCCCACUGCCCACGGGGUCCUGGUCGGCCGAGCUGUGGGUGAGGACGGCAGCCAACCCACAGUGACCAGCAUGAGGAAGCCAAGAAAAUAAACACCCUGUCCCCCUCCCACGAGCACAGCCACGGGCCAGACCCAACCGGAAGCCAAGGACGCGGAGUCUCCACACCGUCUAUAAAAAUCAGCUCCCGUAGCCCAGCUCGGGGUGCAGAGUUGGCUGGCUGGAAACAGCUGGUGCGGUUACUGCCCAGAGACGCCGGGGACGCCUCUCACACGCCGCAGACAGCUCCGCGGCGCACAGAUGGCCCCUGCGCCGUGGCCAUUUAAAAUGUGUGUGUCCACUGCUCGUGCACAUGCAGAUAAAAUAACAUAACUUACGUAUUGAUUCCUUAGAUCGUGGACUGCUGGUAGGUACCUUCCUACAGCCUUUGCAGGCCUGUCAACACAGCUCACUGUGGACACUUCGAUUAAGGAGCAGCAAAAUAAGAAUGGAAAUUUUACACCUUUUGUCCUCCCGUGACAACAGGAGACAGCCUAGAAAGAAGAUGAUUUUUGCAGACCCUUUGAUAGUUACCUUAUAAGAUAAAUGGAGCUGCACAUCUGCAGAAGAAUCAGCUAUGACUCUUAGUUGGAUUAGGUUCUUUCUUUAGAGGUGUGCAGAUUAGUUUCGGCUGCAUCACAUACAACAUGGAAUGAAGCCCAGCGACCUAGCGCGGCAAGCGUGUGCUGUUCACGGGGCCUCUGCGCAGGCUCUUCUGAAGGGUGUGGGUCAGGUCACGCUGCUUGCAUCCCAGGCUGCGGGGUGAUGGCCAAGCUGGGCACGUCCUUCUGGAGGCAGAGGGACAAGGGGACGCCUGUAGCUCACUGCCACCCUGCACCAGGCUGUGGCCUCAACAUGCCUGACUUCCCGUGGCAGGAAGCGCAUUCUUUCCGUGGACGCGCGGACAGAACAGGAGAAGGUCACUAUCUUCUCACCCUCCCUGUUCCUACAUCGUACGACCCUGGAAUUCAUAGUGGUGGAAGUUAUAGCCACAGAAAGGGUCAAUGCACAGCUUCCCAAAGGCUCGGGAUGUAUCAAUCCAAGCACAAGUUCUGAACGUGUGCUUCAUAAAGCCAGAAAUAGGUUUAACAUUCCUGUCCCGAAGGAUCUGUUUUCAUAAAUCUUUUUGAUUUACAAAAACCAAAUUGACAUUUUGAA